ACGACAGUCAGUGGAGGCAUCACGAACGCCUCUCCAUGAACAAACAAAGUAACUUUCUCUCUUCUCGCUGUGUCCUGUUCUCGAGGAAUGUGGUUGACGGAGAUAAACCGAGAAACCAAGAUGUGAAGAAUAGGACAAACCGAAAAAUGACGGCUAUACCAACUAAUUAUGAAGUGGCAGGCAACUCAAGCGCCGAACUUGACGCCCAUCGUGCGGAGAUCCUGGAAAAUCCACUGCAGACAUAUCUCCUGGGAAUCAUCAUCUCUAUAUGUGGGAACGUUCUCAUCAGCAUUUCACUCAACAUACAGAAAUAUGCCCACGUUCUUCAGUCUCAGCGUGGUUCCAGGCCCUACUACACCUCCUUCCGCUGGUGGUGUGGUGUAGUUCUCAUGGGGGUCGGAGAGCUGGGGAACUUUGCUGCCUACGGCUUCGCCCCAGCUUCACUCAUCGCCCCGCUGGGCUGCGUGUCUGUCAUAGCCAGCGCCAUUAUAUCGGUGGUCUUCCUCAAGGAGACGGUGCAGUCCUCUGACAUCGUAGGCUGUACACUAGCAAUAACUGGAACAUACGUCCUGGUGACCUUUGCCCCCCACACCUCGACACACGUCACAGCCCACCUGGUCCAGUACUACCUGAUCAGCUGGCAGUUCCUGCUCUACGUGGCUGUGGAGGUCACCAUUUUCAGCAUCCUGCUCUAUGUGUACAAGUGGAGGAAGGUGAAGCAUAUCGUCAUUGUCAUACUGCUGGUGGCUCUGCUAGCAUCUGCGACAGUCAUCUCAGUCAAGGCCGUCUCUGGGAUGAUCACCGAGACGAUAAAGGGAGAUCUGCAGCUCAUCUACCCCAUCUUUUACGUCAUGGUCAUCAUCAUGGUUGCUUCCUGUGCCUUCCAGAUCAAAUUUCUCAAUCAGGCAAUGAAAAUGUUCGAUGCCACUGAAGUGGUUCCUAUUAACUUUGUGUUUUUCACUGCAAGUGCCAUUGUUGCAGGAGUGGUGUUUUACCAAGAGUUUGAAGGCCUGGCCGCACUCAACAUCUUCAUGUUCCUUUUCGGAUGCCUUCUGUCUUUUCUUGGGGUUUUCUUGAUCGCCAGAAACCGGCCCAAAAAUCGGAAGCAGCAAGAUGUCAAUUCCAUCCCGAUGGAAAAGAUGCCAGGGAGCAGGCAGACGGAGGAAGUGGAGCCGGAUGAAAAAGCCUCAACAUACGGAUCCCUGGCUGAUAAAUUCAUGUGUAACAGAGGUCCCCAAACAGACGACUCCUAGGAUCAGCCUUUUGUGUCGGGAGUUCUGGCUGUUUACAUGGACUGUAAUCCAAACGCUCUACAUCGAUGGAAGCUUUUUCGUGUUUAGGUCAGGUGAAGGAAGAAGCAGCGUCAUUUUCAGGGCUCAGCAGGUGGCGCUCUUGUGAGGUUUCAGCCUGGAGCAGAGAGUGCCAUCUGACGGCGGCUGAGAAAUGCUUCAUGAAGGUUCUCAGUAUGAUAGAACUUGAACUGACCCAUUUUCAGUGCUUCAGGUCCAGAUGUUGGGACAGAGGUGAGCAGACUGGCACACUCUGGUGUGAAGCCUCACGUGUUCUUACGCAGCAUCAGCCACAAGUGUUGGUAACUAAAGACAAGAGCUGUAGUUUAAAAAGAGAAGGGCUCCCACAGAACCAUCUGAAAUAGUAAAGGAAAAUGUGCCCCCAGAUGAUUUGGGUUUUAUUUACCUUUGCCUUUUUAAAUUCAUUGUACCAGAACAAAAUCAUAAACUGUACGACCCCAAUAAACAGA